CCUGGUGGCAUGCAUAGUGGCAUGCAUAGUACAUCCUAGUAGAGUACAAGGGAGACAGGAUAUAACGCUUCGGCUCGUCAUGGCCACUUUUCGACAUACCACCACUGGGAAGGCAGCUUGAGAGAGUGAAGCCUCGUUCCAAGCGGCCAACAGGGAUUGUCCGCGCGAGAUACCGCUUGAGGAUCAAUGUGGUCAAUCACCGAGAGCAGGUUUACGCAAGGAAUCACGAUUAUCAGACGAAGACAGUUCAACGUUCAGAGCAAACUUGAGUUCAAACUCACUUGAACAAUCGGACAAAGAGCGUCAUGAAGUGGAGCCUCAGCCAACCUGACCAACGGGUUCAUUUCUACUUGAAGAACAAAUUCCGACUGUUUUGACAACUCCAUCGACUUGAGCCUCAGCCGAUCAGCCGAUUAGCCGAGGCAUAAUCAAAAUAACAUGUCAACCACCUUGCCGGGGCCCCUGGGCUUCUUGUUGGGUCCGGUGGGCGUGUUUGGCUACCUAGCAGUGUUUCUGUGGCCUUUCCUCAAGGUUGAACUGGAUGACCCGGUGGGUCUUCCUCAGUUUGACAUUCUCACGCCUCUAGACAGUCACUAUGACUACAUUGUGGUGGGAGGCGGUUCUUCCGGUGCUGUGAUAGCCAGUCGUUUGUCAGAAAAUCCCCAUGUAUCAGUGCUGCUCAUUGAGGCCGGUGGCGAUGGCUCCAUCAUAUCCGAUGUGCCCGCCAUGGUGGCUACCCUUUAUGGCACCUCAAUGGACUGGAAUUUCAAGUCAGCCAGUGAUGGGAAGAGCUGUCUGGGCAUGAUAGGCGGCCGAUGCUCUUGGCAUCGAGGUAAAGCCAUUGGCGGCUCUUCCAAUAUUAACGGCAUGCUCUAUAACCGGGGGAACAAGGCCGAUUUUGAUCGUUGGGCCGAGCUCGGCAACCACGGCUGGUCCUAUGAGGACGUGCUACCUUUUUUCAGAAAAUCUGAAGAUCAAGGAAACCAUUAUUAUGCUCAAGACUCGCGAUAUCAUUCGGUGGGUGGUCCGCAGCCCGUCAGUGACCCCAACUUCGAGACGCCAUUGGCGUGGGCUUUCAAAAAGGCCGCCCGUCAUCUCGGGUACACAAAUGGCGAUGUGAACGGCGAGUCUCAGUUCCACUUUACGGUCCCACAGACCACCACUCGUGAUGGGAGACGGUUUAGUACAGCCAAGUCGUUCCUCCGACAUGCCAAGUCUCGACCCAACCUAAGGAUACUGCUCAAUGCCAAAGUGACGAAGCUGGUCUUGUCCAAAUAUGGCGUGCAAGGCGUGAUCUACAAAAGAUUUGGCAAUAUUGCCAGUGUGAAGUGUCGUAGGGAGGUCAUCUUGAGUGCGGGUGCGAUUGGUUCGCCGCAAAUCCUCAUGCUCUCUGGCAUUGGUCCGAAAAGGCUUCUGAAGAAGCUGCACAUUCCGCUUUACAAAGACUUGCCCGUGGGGAUGAGCAUGCAAAGUCAUAUCGGGACCUCCAUUGUGUUCUCCCUCAAGGAGCCCGUCUCUUUCAAUGUCGCGCGGUUCAUUACCAAUCCGGCUCAUUUGGUGGCUUAUCUCAAGAACGGGCGGGGGUUUCUCUCCUCGCCUUCUGGCUUUGAGGGAUUCGGGUUCAUCAAAUCAGGUUUGCAGAACAAGGCUUGGCCUGAUCUCGAAAUUCUCAUGCUCUCGGGGCAUCCCAGUAUUGAGGGUGGCCUGCUCUAUCGGGGCUCCUUGAACUUGCGGGACGAGCAAUUCGAUCAAUACAAGUCAAUUCAGUUUGAGGACGGCUUCACCCUCAUCCCUUACAACUUGCAUCCUCACAGCCGCGGACGCAUCAUUUUGCAUAGUCGAGACUCGGAUGCCAAACCUAUCAUCCAACCCAAUUACUUCCACGAUCCGCGUGACGUCCAAAGUCUGAUCCACGGAAUUCGUGUCUCCAUGAAAUUGGGUCAAGCCCCGGCUUUCAAGCACUUCGGCUCGGAAUUGUUUCCCGUUCCGAAUCCAUUCUGCAAGUACUUGCCUUUUCUUUCGGAUGCCUACUGGGAAUGCGUGGUCAGGCACUUCACCUACAGCAUUCAUCACGAUACGGGCACAUGUCGAAUGGGUCCUUAUGACGAUCCCUACUCUGUGGUGGACCACCAAUUGCGGGUCCAUGGAGUCCAGGGUCUACGAGUGGCCGAUGCCUCCAUCAUGCCCGAGAUCACCUCUGGACACACGAAUGCACCCUGUAUUAUGAUUGGCGAGAAGGCCGCUCACAUGAUUUUGUACGAAUGACUAUGAACGUUCAAUCGCACGUAAUGAUUGAUCAGUGAUUUUUUUUCUUUUGGUCUUCCUCCAUUCAGUUUUAUAUAUUGAUUGAUUCAAGUGACAUAUAUGGAUCUUGAUACUGACCCACGCCUGAGAAACGAACGUAGGUAGGUAGGUACCUAGAAUGUUCAUACAGAAGUUUCAUCCACGUUUUGUUGAAGGAAGAAAAGUACAAAUAUAUUUGAUUUCAAAUCUCGCUCUA